AUGCCCAGCUUACCCCCGCUGGCGCCGUAUCCCAAGGCGUCGUGGCAGCAACGCCUGAGCCCCCAAGAAUGGGAGACGCUCCUCGAGACGUGGACGCUGCUCUGUCAGGCGUAUCUUGCGCUUCCGGACGAUGAGUUUCGGUCAGCAGCCUCCGAUGAGUCUGUUGCGGCUUUCGCGGCGACAUAUGUCAUUGAAACGGCCACGUCCCCGCCCAGCCCGACGUCGACGCAGCUGUCCCGACUCGUCUUUCAACUCACGAGCCGCCUGCUCACCUUGGAGCCGCCCCCACACCAAUUGCUACAGUACAGCUUCCUCUGCGGGCUGGCCAAGCUGUACCAGAGGAAACGAGUGGCGCCCCUCGUCGCCAACGUCUUUGCCCGCCACGCCGCGCCCGCCGAGGCGUCGCUUGCCGCGCUCAAGAAGCUCCUCAUCCUCCACCUGGACUCGGGCAUCAAGGGAGACCUGAAGCUGGUCGAGUCACAUCUCAGCACGGUCAACCCGCUUCUGCAUGCGUCGCCCCAUGCCUGCGCACUCUUCCUCGCCGGAUCGGACUUUUUCGACGGCCUCGUCACCUGCUUCAAGGUGAUGAACCCGCCGCUGCGCAAGGUCAUCGUCACAACCACAUACCUAUGCCUCGUCGGGCUGACAGAGGCGGAGCCACCCAAAUGGGCCAUGCUGAGCGACGAGCUCUUCUCGCUCAAGAGCGCGGCGGACGCUCACAAGCUGGGCCCCCUCAACGUCAACGACUCCCUGGUCGCCGAACUCGUCACGGCGACGCCGCUGCUCAAGGUCCUCAUGCGGAGGGCGCAGGACUCGAGCGCCGCCUCCGACUCGCUCAAGAAACGCAUCACGGCGCUGGAGCCGUUCAAGAAGGGCGCCAUGGUUCGCCCGAAGCGCCUCGCCAAGAGACGGCUGGACAAGGGCAAGGGCAAGGCCACGCACGACGAUGCGCAUGCGGAAAUGCACAUCCACCGCAUGAGCCAGAUUACGCAGGUCCAAGACCUGUUUCCCGAUCUCGGCGCGGGCUUCGUGUCAAAGUGCCUGGACGAGUAUCACGACGAUGUGGAGCAGGUGGUUGCGAACCUGCUCAGCGAGACGUUGCCGCCGCAUCUAGCCACUGCGGAUCGAAGCGAGCCGCUAUUUGCCCACCAGGAGGCGCCGGUCCCCGACAUGGCCCCGCGCCCGACACCACCGCUGGUACCAACCAGACGCAACGUUUUUGAUGACGAUGAGUUCGAUCGCCUGGCCGCAGACGUGUCUCAGAUAUCAUUCGGCAAGAAGCCGGGCAAGACAGCCGACGAUGUCUUAAAGGAUAGAUCCACCGCGCCAAACAAGGCCGCCAUCCUGUCUGCGCUGGCGACGUUCGACUCGGAUGACGACGAGCGCGACGACACGUAUGACGCCGCCGACGUUGGCGGCACCGUUGACUCGACGAACCAGGAAGAGGAGAGCGUGAAUGACCGCAACGAGGAAACGCUAUUCCGGGCGUACCAGACGGACCCCAAGGUGUUUGACAGGGAUGCCGCCACGAGGAGGGGCGCCGCACGCGCGGGCCUGCGCCAGGCCACGGACAUGGCCGACGAGGCGAUUGAGGGCUGGGCGCUGAUGCUGACGAGGAAUGCCCAGCAGAAGAAGCGGCUGGAGCUCAAGUACGCCUUUAGCGGGCAGCAGGCGCAGCUGGAGCGCACGGCGUGGAGGAGCAGUCCGGCGGGGUCCGGAACCGAGGACAGCGAUGCCGACGCCGGCGCGGGCCGGGGAGGAAGAGGGGCCAGGGGAGGAGGGCGGGGCGGCGGUCGGGGCCGUGGCCGUGGCCGUGGCGGGGGCAGAGGAGGGAGCGUCGCGGGCCCCACCGGCGAGCGGGAGACGGAGGCAGCGAGGAGGAACAAGGAGGCACACAAGGGAGCGCGGGCCAACCACAACCGCAGGGAUGCCCGAGCCAAGAAGAUGGCCCGCGGCGGGUUCCCUGGCUGA